AUGGUGACUCCACGAUCUCAUAUCCCUGGUUCUCGCUUCGUUCCCUCAGUUUUGGUGCUCCUCGAUCGUUAUCUACGCCGGAGAAAGGCAGGGGAAAGCUCUAGGUUUAUAUACGAGAUGGAUAUAUACAAGAAAGAACCCUGGCUUCUUCAGCACGUAAGGCACUUUCGAUCCAAAAAGAACAUGUGGUUUUACUUCGUUACGAGGACAAAGAAAAACAAGAGCCGAGCCGCCGGGGCAGGUACGUGGAAGACGUCUGGUUCUGUGAAGAAUAUAUAUAAAGAUGGAGUCAAGAUCGGAACUACGCAGCUUAUAAGCUUCAAGAUCAAUACCCUUAAGACAGGUUGGGUGAUGCACGAGUAUAUUUUGGACGAUCAGCGAUUCAUACAGGACUCUGAUCAGCAAGUGGUUCUGUGUAUACUCAAGUUUAAACCGGGUAAAGACGAGACUCUAUAUGUAUAUGCUCCAAGACUCGAACCUUUUGUGAUUGGACAGCCACAGCCACCGCUUGGGGAAGCAGAGAAUCAUCAGAAUUCCAAUGAUGUUCAUCAUGUUGCUGCUGCUGAAGAUAUUCAACCCUUGGAUGCUCCUCCCAAGAACCACUUUGGUUCUUAUGGCCAGCUUUUUGAAACAUAUCAGCAAAACCGUAUUCUUGGACUAGUGGAGGGGAAUGAUCAGCCUUAUCGUAAUGGAAACAUGGCUGAGUACCACAACCAGAUUGGGAGAAGAGAGGCUAAUGCUUCACACUCGGCUCAUGCCGUUGGGUCGCAUCAAUGGAUUAAGUAUCCUGGUGCAUACUCGGCUCAGCCAUACGAUCCUUCAAAGCUUCCUAUGGAGCUUCAAGAAAAAGGAGCAGCAUAA